GACCGCGAUGAUGACGAUGACGAUGGUAACCACGGCGAGGACCGUGAUGAUGACUAUGACGAUGGUAACCACGGCGAGGACCGCGAUGAUGACGAUGACGAUGGUAACCACGGCGAGGACCGUGAUGAUGACGAUGACGAUGGUAACCACGGCGAGGACCGUGAUGAUGACGAUGGUAACCACGGCGAGGAUCGUGAUGAUGACGAUGGUAACCACGGCGAGGACCGUGAUGAUGACGAUGACGAUGGUAACUACGGCGAGGACCGUGAUGAUGAUGAUGACGAUGUUGACCGCAGUGAAGGCUGUGAGGAUGACGAUGACCGCGGCGAGGACCGUGAUGAUGACGAUGACGAUGGUAACCACGGCGAGGACCGUGAUGAUGACGAUGACGAUGGUAACUACGGCGAGGACCGUGAUGAUGAUGAUGACGAUGUUGACCGCAAGUAA